AUGGGCAUCCUCUUCCGUCCACACGGGCCGGGGCAUGAGCACCCACGCCUCGUUGGUGAUGUUCUUGAGGUCGAACGUGCCUUUCCGGUGCCGCUCGACGAUUCGCUCGAGCAUCACGUUGCGGAGCUCCUGCGGGAGCGGCAUGGCCUUGAAUACUGUGCGGUGCAUCGACGCAUGGGCAAGCGGGCGCCCGAGCGGCUUUGCUGCCGGUUUUUUGGCCGGGCCCUGCGAGACGGGCGACGGGUUGGUGUCGUUCGAGACGAGGCUCGACGUGCGGAAGGAGUUGGGGGUGUUGGUCGACGAGACCGACUGUGUGAAGCCGCCGCCGACGGGCGGAUACGCCGAGUCGCUGGGCGAGAAGCUUUUCGGGAUGUAAACGGUCGGGUGCACGGCCACCAGCUCGGCGGACGAGAAAUGCAACUCUGGCUUGUCCAACUCCAUGUUCGGGAGCGCCAUGGGUAA